GCCGCCUCAGCCGCCGCCGCCGCCGCCUCAGCGGGAAGACGACGGAGGAGCGUCGCGCCGGCACCCGGACGCCCCGCAGACAUGGAGGCCGUCGGCGGCAGCACCGACAAGAAAAGGAUUAGUUCCGAACGCAGAAAAGAGAAGUCGAGGGACGCAGCUAGGUGUCGAAGAAGCAAAGAGUCUGAAGUGUUCUUUGAACUUGCUCACCAACUGCCCCUCCCACACAAUGUGAGCUCCCACCUUGAUAAGGCUUCCAUCAUGAGGCUUACUAUCAGCUAUUUACGCAUGAGAAAACUUCUAGAUACUGGUGAUUUAGAGGCUGAAGCUGAAAUGGAAGCUCAGCUGAAUUGCUUUUAUUUAAAAGCCCUGGAUGGUUUUGUCAUGGUUCUCACAGAAGAUGGAGACAUGAUCUUCAUGUCUGAAAAUGUGAACAAAUGCAUGGGACUAACUCAGUUUGAACUAACUGGGCACAGUGUGUUUGAUUUUACUCAUCCAUGUGACCAUGAGGAGCUGAGAGAAAUGCUUACACACAGAAAUGGUUCCGUGAAAAAGGGCAGAGAACAAAACACGGAGCGCAGCUUUUUUCUCAGAAUGAAGUGUACCUUGACUAGCAGGGGACGAACUGUGAACAUAAAAUCUGCGGCGUGGAAGGUUCUGCACUGCACGGGCCACAUCCGUGUGUACGAUGCCUGCUCUAACCAGGCCCAGUGUGGCUACAAGAAACCGCCUAUGACCUGCCUGGUGUUGAUCUGCGAACCUAUUCUGCACCCGUCCAACAUUGAGGUUCCUUUGGAUAGCAAGACUUUCCUCAGCCGCCACAGCCUCGAUAUGAAGUUUUCCUAUUGCGACGAAAGAAUUACCGAACUGAUGGGCUACGAACCAGAGGAACUUUUGGGCCGUUCAAUCUAUGAGUACUAUCACGCCCUGGACUCGGAUCAUCUGACCAAAACCCACCACGAUAUGUUCACUAAAGGACAAGUCACUACAGGACAGUACAGAAUGCUCGCCAAACGAGGUGGAUAUGUUUGGGUCGAAACCCAAGCAACUGUGAUAUACAACACUAAGAACUCUCAACCACAGUGCAUAGUGUGUGUAAAUUAUGUCUUAAGUGGGAUCGUUCAGAAAGACCUGAUUUUCUCCCUGGGGCAAACCGAAUGCGUGCUGAAACCGGUUGAAUCUCCGGAUAUGAAGAUGACACAGAUAUUCAGCAAGGCAGAUCCAGAAGAUACAAGCAGUCUCUUCGACAAGCUGAAGAAGGAACCAGAUGCUCUGACUCUGCUGGCCCCAGCUGCUGGAGAUACUAUUAUAUAUUUGGACUUUGGCAAUAAUGAAACAGAGGAGCAGCAGCUGCUUGACGAAGUUCCCUUGUAUAAUGAUGUGAUGCUCCCCUCGUCUAGUGAGAAAUUGCAGAACCUCAACCUGGCACUGUCUCCCCUGCCUGCCACAGAGCCAGACAAACCCCUGCGCAGCAGCGCCGAUCCAGCGCUCAACCAAGAAAUCGUCACCAAGUUAGAGCCAAAUUCCGAGCCCCUGGAACUGACUUUCACCGUGCCUCAGUUACAGGAGCGGCCAGCCAGCCCUUCGGACGCAAGCACUGACCAGAGCUCCCCGGAGCCUAGCAGUCCCAGUGAAUACUGCUUUAAUGUAGAUAAUGAUAUGGCUAGUGAAUUCAAGCUGGAAUUGGUGGAGAAACUUUUUGCAGAAGACACGGAAGCAAAGAAUCCUUUUUCUGCUCAGGACACGGACUUGGACCUGGAGAUGUUGGCGCCAUACAUUCCGAUGGAUGAUGACUUCCAGUUACGCUCCUUCGAUCAGCUGUCACCCAUAGAGACUGGCUCCGCCGGUCCUCCGAACGGGAACCCCAUCGCCAUAUUCCUGCCACCUGCCACUACCGACAAACUGAAAGCGGGAACCCCGGAGGGCAUAGAUGACAUGAAGACACAGAUUGUUUCUCCAUCUCCCGGUCACGCGACGGAAACCACCGGGGCCCCAGCGUCGCCCUAUGGGGGGGCUCGCAGUCGGACGGCUUCUCCGGCCAGAGCGGGCAAAGGAGUAAUAGAACAGACGGAGAUGUCUCACCCAAGGAGUCCUAAUUUGCUCUCUGUCACUCUGAGUAAAAGAACUACUGCACUAGAUGAAGAGCUAAAUCCAAAGAUGCUGGCUCUGCAGAAUGCCCAGAGAAAACGAAAAAUGGAACAGGACAGUUCACUCCAAGUAGUGGGAAUUGGGUCGUUGCUAUUUCAGCAGCCAGAGGACAAUGAAACGAACACAUCCCUCUCUUGGAAACGCGUAAAAGGAUGCAAAUCUAGUGAGCAGAGUGGGGAGGAACAAAAGACGGUUGUCUUACUAUCUUCUGACUUAGCAAGUAGACUCCUGGGGCAGUCGAUGGAUGAGAGCGGCCUGCCCCAGCUGACCAGUUACGACUGCGAAGUCAACGCGCCCAUCCAAGGCAACAGAAACCUGCUCCAGGGGGAGGAGUUACUCAGAGCUUUGGAUCAAGUUAACUGAGCCUUUCCCAGUCCUCCUUCCUCUCCGGACACUGGUGGAUCAUCCCCUAAAGCAGCCUAUUUAUAUUUUCUAUAUCUGAUUUUAGAAGCAGCCUGGCUACAAUACUGCACUAAUUCAGUUAGUUCAGUUUCGAUCCCCUGUCUCCUUGAUUUCCUCUGAUGGUCCCUUUUCCUUUGUUCCUUAAAAAAAAAAGAAAAAAAAUAACAGAGUAACACCCCGUCACAACCGUAGUGCAUUUUCAUAAUCCUGUGGUACUCCAAAUCAAUUCAAUACAUUGCAGAAGCAACUUUGAAAAUAUGCACCUUUUUUAUUUAUUUAUUUUUUUGGCUAGGGAUCUUGUCCCUUGGAGAACUCUUUAUUAAUAAAAAACCAGUAGAGUAAAACCGGCAGUAACUUUCCUCCAGAUCAUAGGCAGUCGGAAGAUUUUUAUCGUCUUACUCGGUUUUUUCCGAUUUUUACGUAAACAAUAAUGCUUUGCCAGCAGUACAUCGUAGCCACAAUCGCACAAUAUAUUUUCUUAAAAAAAAAACCAGCAGUUCCUCAUGCAAUAUAUUCUGCGUUUAUAAAACUAGUUUUUAAGAAAAACUUUUGUUUGCCUAUGAAAUUGUUAAACCCGAUGUCAUUGUUAGUCCCAUAAGAACGGUUGCUCCGUGCUGGGUGAUUUAUGUCUAAAGUGAAUGAAGCUAUUCACGUACUAGAGUAGAAACGUGGGUCUGAUCUGGAAGGACUAACAGCAUCAUUUGGAUAAAUUCUCUUCAUUUAGAGAGACGGUUUGACAUUUCUGUAGUCACUUUGCCAGCUCAAAAAAAAAAUCUUACCUGUAGUUGUGGAAGUUCUGGCUAAUAUUGUGUAACUGAUAUUAAAUCUAAAUGUUCUGCUUACCCUGUGUGGUAUAGGUGAUAUUUUGAGCAGGUGGUUUAAAAAAAAAAAAAAAGACCAAAACAAAAUAAAAAAAAAAAAACCCCAUGCAUUGUUAGCAAAGUUGCGUAGUACACUGAGUUGCUCAAUAUUUGAUGUUUUGGUUUCAUGCACUUUGUCGCUAUUAACAUCCUUGUGUUUUCAUAUAGAAUUCAGUAAAUUCAGAAUGUUUUUUUAGAAACCUUAUUUUAGGAAUAUAGAGUUAACAUUAAACAUCUUGUUUUUCCUAUGUGUAUUGUAAAAAUUUUUCAUUCUUUUUCUUUUGCUCUUUGUGGUUGGAUCUAACACUAACUGUAUUGUUUUUGUUACAUCAAUAAACAUUUUCUGUGGACCAGGC